AAUAUGAGUGACAACUUGACUAAGAAUGAAGACGAUUUCCCAGUGAAUAGUAAGGAUUAUUUGAAUACGUCAGAAUCCACGCGCGACAGCCGUUUUGAGUGUUUGCUGAAACAAACCGAAAUCUACAGCCAGUUCAUUGGAAACACGCUUUCAGAAGCAAAAAACGUCAAAGAUCGUGGCGGCAAGCCCACAUCUAGAGGCAGGGCUCGUACAAAGACCAGAAAACAACGAGUUACGUCAAAUGAGGAGAACGGGGACGGGGACGCUUUUGAAGGAGAUGUUAAUAACAACAAUGUAGAAUACUUUGAUGCCUCACCUAGUUUUAUUGCAAACGGGCAGAUGCGAGACUAUCAGCUACGCGGUUUGAACUGGCUGAUUUCGCUCUACGAGAAUGGAAUCAAUGGUAUUCUAGCCGAUGAAAUGGGUCUGGGCAAGACACUGCAAACCAUCUCGCUGCUGGGCUACCUUCGGAAUGUAAAACACCAAGCUGGCCCUCACUUGGUCGUUGCGCCCAAGUCGACUUUGGCGAAUUGGAUGAAUGAGUUUGAGCAUUGGUGUCCUUCAUUGAAAGCGAUUUGCUUCAUUGGCGACAAGAAGGUUCGCAAGACAAUCAAAGCUAAAAUGCCAAAGAAUGAGAAAGUUGAAUGGGAUGUAUGCGUCACUUCAUAUGACAUGUGCUUGCGGGAGCGUGGCUUCUUGAAAAGCUUUAGCUGGCAGUACCUGGUAAUCGACGAGGGACAUCGCAUAAAGAACGAAAACGCCCAGAUCUCGCAGAAUGUCCGCCAAUUCCAUUCCACUAAUCGUCUACUGCUUACUGGCACACCCUUGCAAAAUAAUUUGCACGAACUGUGGGCGCUGCUUAAUUUCUUACGCCCUGAUGUAUUCAACUCCUCAGAGGACUUUGAUGAGUGGUUCAACACAAACUCUUGCCUGGGCGACGAGUCAUUAGUUGGCCGCCUGCAUGCCGUGAUAAGGCCUUUUCUGCUGCGUCGUAUCAAGUCGGAGGUGGAGGCUAGCUUGCUACCCAAGAAAGAGGUCAACAUCUAUGUGGGCCUCUCGAAAAUGCAACGGGAAUGGUAUAGAAAGUUGUUGCUCAAGGAUGUCGAUGUCGUCACAGGCUUCGGCACCAUUUCGAAAAUGCGAUUGAUGAACAUUUUAAUGCAGCUUCGCAAGUGCGUAAAUCACCCCUAUUUGUUCGAAGGAGUCGAGGAGCCCCCUUACACCACGGACCUUAGCCUGGUAAAAGACUCUGGCAAAAUGUUGAUUUUAGACAAGUUGCUGGUGAAGCUUCAAGAGCAGGGCUCUCGUGUGCUCAUCUUCUCGCAGAUGACGCGCAUGCUUGACAUUCUAGAGGAUUAUUGCAACUGGCGCAAGUUCGACUAUUGCCGCUUGGAUGGCCAGACACCGCAUGAGGACCGCGAUAGACUCAUCCAGGAGUACAACAUGGAGAACAGCACCAAAUUUAUAUUUAUGCUGUCGACUCGGGCCGGUGGCUUGGGCAUCAAUUUGGCCACUGCCGAUGUGGUCAUUAUAUAUGACUCGGAUUGGAAUCCACAGAUGGAUCUACAGGCCAUGGAUCGCGCCCAUCGUAUUGGCCAGAAAAAACAGGUGCGCGUAUUCCGACUCAUUGCAGAGAAUACCGUCGAUGAGAAGAUUUUAGAGCACGCGGAUAUCAAACUGCGUCUGGAUAAAAAAGUGAUUCAAACUGGUGUUAAUAGUCACCCUAAUAAACAAGAUAUUUUAAAUAUCAUUCGCUUGACUGAAAAGGACAUGUUGAACAGCAAUGAUAUGGAUAUCGCAGACGAGGACAUCGAUGUCAUAUUGGAGCGCGGGGAAGCAAAGACAGCUGAACAGAAGGAGAGGCUAGACAGGCUAUACAAAAGCACAAUGCCUGCAUUCACCAUGGAUACAAACAUCGGAGCUACAAGCUCCUCUGUUUAUCAAUUUGAGGGCGAAGAUUGGCGCAAGAAGCAAGGCGCUACAAACAUAGAGCCCAAUGUUAAACCUACAAAGAGACCGCGGAAAUUUUAAUAGGAAGUUGUUGCACAAGUCAAGAAAACUC